AUGGUAUGCAUUCUUUAUAAAAGGAAAUCACUUGAAACAUUUGCUGCAAAUAAUUCGUAUGCGAACGUAAAUGCUACAAUCACUAAUCAAAUGCUUAAUGCAUGGCCAGCAUGCGAACAAGCAAUCAUAAAAUGUAAUAAAGCAAAAACGUCCGCAGAUUGUCUCUAUGCUGAAAAGGUCUGUCAGGAAACAAACACUUCUUAUGCCGCAUACUUUUUGAAUGCUGGAUUAAGCGUUUAUGAUGUUAGAGCUCCGAUUGCAUCGGUGAAUGAUAUACUUUCACCCGACUACGUAAAUUAUAUCACUAAACCUGAGGUUUUACAAGCAAUUGGUGCAUCUAAUAAAAUAGAAUAUUUAGUGUGUUCAGAAAAAGUUCAAUAUAAUCUUCUUGCUGAAGAGCCACUUGAUUUUAGUUCUAAACUUGAAUUUCUGCUCCAGAAAGGGGUUAAAACAUUAAUAUAUCAUGGGGGUUUGGAGAUGUGUCUUAAUCUUAAUUGGAAACACAAAUCUAAAUUUUCAUCGGCUCCUAUGAAAGAAUGGUUCGUCGAUGGAACUAGUGCUGGUCAAGUCAAAUGUACUGAUAUUUUAUCAUUUGUUACAAUAUAUCAAGCUGGUCAUGAAGCUCCACUUUAUCAACCAAAAUCUACAUUAGAUAUGUUUAAGAAAUG